AUGGGGGAGGUGCCAGCGGCAGUUGCGCUCCUCUAUAAGGAGAGCGAAGUUAUGGUGUACUCACCGAUGAUGGUAUCGAAUCAGCAACGUGGGGGUGUCGCCGGUACUGGCCGAGAGGAGGGUGCAGCUGAAAGGGGUGACAGGGAGGAAAAGAGACAGGGCAGCACCGAUCGCAAGAGACGAAACAUGAGACCGGCGGCAUUCACGCUGGCACGCAAAAUGCUUGGGGGUGAAAGAGCAGUACACCCGUAUAAGAGGUUUUGUCGCCCAAUGGCAUGUCAACGGCCCCUUCUGCGCAGCAGUGUGCGCCGCCUUGGGGAGGCCCUUUUAAUUAACAGGCCUUUGGUUUCCCUCCUUCUGCCCGAGCGCGUGUGUCCCAUCUGUGUCAUUCAGCACCUGGCAGGGGACAGGGAGAACGUGAAGCUAUUGGAGGGGCAGAAGCCCUACCUAGACGCGGAGGCUUUAACCUCGUUAGUAUUGACAGGUAGCAACGGCGCUCUUGAGGCCAUGGCAGCGGCACACAACCAGGAAAUGCACGCCUUAAACGGUAACAUCAAUUUCUCUGUAGUGCACGACACCGCGAGAGCGGACGUGAUGGCAGCGGCCUUGACGCGGGCGACAAGAGGGGUGCGCCACCGCCACGCGAUACAGGUGGAAACGGAGCGUAGACUCCGCGUGGCGCAGGAGGAGGUGCCCAUGCUUGUGUACACCAGCAACGUCGCCAACGGGGUGGGACUGGUUAGUGCCCCGCCUACACGCCACCAAUUGUUUUGGUUUUACGGCAGCCUGGCACAACCGGAGAUGGCAGGUGAAGCUCCCAAUCAUGUAUCACGAUGCGGGGAGCCAAGUAUGGGAUCACCUGCGCCUAGUGUUUUAGAGACCACGGGUACUGCGGUGCCGCCGCACUGUGGAAUAUUUCGGCACAGAGUGGGGCUUGCCGAUGAAGGGGCCAGGCACCUUGAUGAAGUAAUGCACCGGCAGACUCGUGCGAUGACGCUAGCACGGGGGGAGACGUGGUUCAUCGACGACCCCAGCAUAGCGGUGGUCGUCAUUGACUAUGCAUCAGGCAACCCCCAGCUCAUGUGGGCGCUCCAAAUGGUUCUGGCAGCGCCAUACCCUCUCGUCGAGGUUGACGAAUUAUUCGUAGUGACUGGACCAGAGGGGGCUGAGACCUGCAGGCUGGCCGCGAUGCGUCGCAAUGAGUGCUGUGUCAUCAUAGACAAUAAGAGACGCAAGUUUUUGCUGGUGACCGGAUCCGGAGAAGAGACAUCCAAAUAG